GACCGCAGGGUAAGCGAGGCUCCGCGCGAUGUCAGUCAGUAGGCUGACAUGUGACACACACACACACACACACACACGACACGGCCAGACCGAGCCCGGCGGCUGCGCACCGACCUGCUCUGCACUGCGUCCACGAGCCACGCUGAGAUGGAGAUGUCAGUGGCUGCUGGUGGCCUAGGGAUGUCUGGUCACCGUCCGCACUCCGGCACGGUGAAGAGGAGGAGGUGGGGAGGUUUGAGGCAGCAGUGGAAGCUCUUGGGGUUGUUUGAGAUCGAUCAGCAGCACGAGUUCUACAGCCUGACCUGCAUGAUGAAGGAGGGAUUGGCAGCAGCCACCCAAAACACCAUACACAAUACACCUACAAAUGAACUGUCAGAUGAUGAUUUCAGAUUAGAGGUCACUCAGAUUCAUAAGGAUUUUACAAUGGAGACAUUCGCAGGCCCGGUGUUUGCCAGCCUGCGUGGCUCUUUAGGAAUGACAGAGCAGGAGUAUCAGCAGUCGCUCUGCUCUGAAAGCUGCUACCUCCAGUUCAUCAGCAACUCCAAGAGCAAGGCCGACUUCUUCCUGACAAAUGAUAAACGCUUCUUUUUGAAGACCCAGAACAAAAGGGAAAUCAAAUUCCUUCUGGCCAACCUGAAGAUCUACAUGGAACAUCUGAAGAAAUACCCCCAUUCACUGCUGGUGAAGUUCCUAGGUGUUCACAGGAUUAAAAUCCCACACAGACGGAAGAAAUACUUCAUUGUUAUGCUAAGUGUGUUUUAUCCAGAUGAUCGAAUCAAUGCCAGGUACGACAUUAAGGGCUGCGAGGUGAGUCGCUGGACAGAGCCGGCACCAGAGGGAAGCCAGAUUAUUGUGGUUCUCAAAGACCUCAACUUUGAAGGCCAGUACAUCACUCUGGACCGGCAGCGUCCCUGGCUCCUGCGGCAGGUGGAGCUCGACACACAGUUCCUCCAGAGGCUCAAUGUGUUGGACUACAGUCUCCUCCUGGCUCAUCAGCCCUUACACCAUGAUGAACGCCACCAGAGUCUCUCCUUUGCUACUCUCAUCAUGAGAACCAAAAAAUCUGUGAAUCCAGGCGCCAGCCCUAUCCAUGCAGGCAUAGCUGCUGUCCCUGGGGUAAUCCCAGAAGAUGACUCCACUUUACUGUUAUCUGAAAUAGAUGGUGGAUGUUUGAAGCAGUCACGAUCAGGAGAUGCAUCAAGUGGUGGCACUCUUCAAACAUGCCCAGAGCAUGCCGAGGCAGGCAGUGAUGCAGCUGAGCUUCCAGACUUGAGGGCCCAAAACCGACGUUUACUGCCCAACUUAAAGAAUCCUUUGCAUGUCAUUGAUGGGCCUGAGCAGCGCUACUUCAUCGGCAUCAUUGACAUUUUCACAGUUUACAGUUUUAAGAAGAGACUGGAGCAUUUGUGGAAGAGGCUGAGACAUCCAGGCCGGUCCUUCUCCACCGUCAGUCCACAGACUUACUGCCUCAGGCUAUGUCACUGGGUACAGGACCAUACCAAGUAGACCCUGGAUGAGUGGUGGAGACUACUCUACCACCAACUCUUACUGAGCAUGUCUAAACAACUAAAUGGUCACACACAUGCACACACAAUCCUUUCAUCUUUCCACAUGCUCAAAACACAAGCCUAAUAUCUAUUGCUGUAUAUUUGUUUCAUUAAUGAGUGAGCAGUAUGAGCAUAGGAAAUAUUAAGAAAUAAAAUAAUUAAAUAUAAAAUAUUUUCUGCAGGCACGUAAAUUAUAUUUUGUAGAGAAAUUAUUAUAAUGCAAUACAAUGAGACAGGUACCCAAACAAUACUUUCAUUUGAGCAAACACAAAUGUAUUCUGUAUUCACCAAAUUUAUUGGAGUGGACAAACUUUUUGUAAAACUGCUACAUAAACAAGACAAACUGUGUUUAAACCCACUUUUUGUCCAACUUUAAGGAUUCUAUCUGGUAACCAUUCUCCCAGUGCUUUCCUAAUGACCGAUAAUCCAAGCAAGAAAGCCACUGUGAGUGUCCGAGGGUUUGAGAGUGCAUCGAGCAGGGAUUUUGAAAGAGGGCAAAUAAGUGACACUGAGUGAGAUUAUUAUUGUGAGCCUAUGCGGAUAAUAACAAACAUGCAAUUAAAUGUAUUGAGCACAGAACAGAUUUUUGUUUAUUCAAAUUAAAUGACUAUUUGUAUUAUUGUUAUUUCUCUACAAUAUAUCAUUUUGUAAAAGAUUUUGCAAAUUUGACACAAAUAUGUCUAUAUAUUUUUUCACUACUUCUCCCAAAUACAGUGGGGCAAAAGGGCUUCCAAACAUGCUUAGUAUGACACAUCAAAAAAAGGAUAGGAAGCUCCUUGCUUUAAAAAGAAACUGCUCCUGGUGUGUCUUUGUAAAGAAAAGCAUAAAAAGACGAAUAUAGGCUUCAUAGGCUUUACGUGCAGAUGUCGGCCUGCAUCCCAUUUCAUAUAUGUCGUAUGUAGCUGCAUUUAGGGGUGUAAUAAAUACUGUAUUUUCUUUUUUUUGCAAGUAUUGGCAGCACUGAGACGUUGUGACUGUCUAGGAUGAAACAAAAGAUGACUGUUUGAAACAUGCAACCAAUCCAGGUGUUCUAGCAUCAGCAGCAAUGAUGUUGACUUGCAGUCUUUUCAUUUUUCUAGACUUGUGCAAUGGAAAGGCAAUGUAAGAACAGAAGGGCCACAAAUUUGCCUGUAGUUUCAUAUAAUUAUUUCCCAGAAGGAGGUAUUUCAUUAGUGUUGACUGAAAGGCAGCUUAGUAAAUGAGGUUCAGGUGCAUGCAACUUAGUUCUGUCAUCAAAGAUUAGGCGCAACAGCUGCAUAUUUUUUUAUUUAUUUAAACUAUAAUACUGUUUAAAUAAAAACUUACAUUAUCUCAGAAGAAAUGAACAAAGACUCACUAUUUGCAAAUUGCUCAUUUGAGGACAUACGGUGGCCACAAGAUGCAGACACAGAGAGCCGAUGUGAUCCUAUUUCUUGUUAUUUAUCAUUGGGCGUCUGCAUACAUAGACGUGUUGUUGUCAUGUACAGUCUGCACACACAUCUGCACAGACAUAAAUUUUGGGCUGCAUGCAGAUGGCCUUCACAUGGUGACGCAGGAUGACAGAUGACGACGUCUACAUCAUGCAGAUCCUCACGGACAUGCAGACAUUACAGUGUUGUCUGGUAACAUGCUUCAUUGCCAGAAAUCUCCAGUUUAGCUUUUAUUCUUCAAGUACUUCUUGAUAUUAACCAUUUGUGUGUUGAUGAUACAGUAUAAUUGAAUGCAACUCUAAAGACUUGCUUUCUCUUCAUCUUGAAAAAAAUGCACAUCCUGAAUCACAGAGAAUGUAAUCAGUUUUUAUUAUUUGUCAUUUUGACAUGGUCUCAGAGAAACUUGCCUUCUCCUGGAAUUCAGCAGUGCCUCUUUAGAAUAUGAUACUUACUAUGUAUUCACCUUAAACCUAGAAAUACGAUGAAAACGAACAGAAAUGUAAUUUACAAACGUUAUGUUUGCUUUACUGACCAGUAAGCUUUCUAUGCUCAUGUAUGAAUACAAAGAAUGAAAACGUGAUACUACUCUGAAGCUGAGUAUUAUUAUUGAUGAUGCCACCAACUUGCACGCUGUCAGCCAGCAGUUUUACAGAACUCUUUCCUUGCUGUUUCACUUUUACACAACACAUGUACUUGUGCCUUAUGUCUGCAAAUAUUGGGAGAAGCAUGUGCUGUAACCUUUGCCUAAUGGAUAAAGGACAUGUAAGAGUUAA